GGUCCAUUGAGAAUAAUAUCGGUCCUUCCUGGACUAGGGCAUGAACGUGCAGAGUUGUCAGUCGUUUGCAGCGGAGGGGACAGACGUGAAUGGCAGCAGCUGGGGUACAGACAUGCACCACGUAGAUGAGCUGAUACGCUUCGGACAGCCUGCUCUGUAUGGAGACGGAGAGUGAGAGCAUGCUGCAUCUCGCAGCAGAGGCUUUCAAGUCGAAAAACUUCGACCUGGCCGCGGACAUCUACGAGUGCCAGCUGGCGUGUCUCGGAGAUCCGGAGAGCCGGCGGGAGCUGAUGGUGAAGCGGGCUGACGCGCUCGCGUUCGGGGGGAAAUUCACGGAAGCUUUUGAUGUGUACCGGCAAGCCUCGGAGAUAGAGAGGCUGAGACCCGCUCACCUGGCCAACCUCAUAGAGUACCUGUCGGGUACUAUACGGAGGCAAGACGGGGGUGAGAGGCAGCGGGGCAACCCGUACAGGGCAAAGGAGGCAGGCGCGGCUGUGUGCCCGGGAGCGGGUGCCACAGGUUGCGGGUAUGAAGACUUCUCCUGCCGGAUAUGCCUGAGCUUUCUGUUCGAGCCGGUGACUCUGACGUGCGGUCACUGCUUUUGUAAAAAGUGUCUGGAGAGGGAGAGGAAAGAGAAGGAGCGACCGGUGGUGUGUAAGGAGUGCAGGAAUGUCUCAGCAGUGAGCGACAGCCUAAGUCUCAGGGUGAAUGUGGUCCUCAGCAACCUGCUGGCCAAGUGGUUCCCCACCCAGUACCAGGCCGGCCAGCUGAGGCGGGAGGGCAACGGGCUGUACGCCGAGAAGAAGAUGGAAGCUGCCCUGGAGAAGUAUAACCAAGCAAUACUCACAGCACCAACAGACCACAUACUGUUUAGUAACCGCUCCCAGAUCCACUCGAGCCUGAAACGACACGAAAAGGCUCUGAUGGACGCUGAGAUGGCCUGUAGACUGAUGCCUCACUGGCCCAAGGGUCACAUUCGUAAGGGCCAGGCCCUGGUGUCAUUGGGCAGGACUGAGGAGGCUCUAAGAGAGUACCUAGUGUGUCUGUCCAUAGAGCCUGACUGUAAACUUGCUAAGACUGAGGCUCACAAGAUCCUGAGUGAUCUGCUGGCUCCAGUCAGAGAUCAGGUCCCUGAACACAUCUCUGACUACUCCUAUAUACUGUCUUCCAGAGCACACAUCAAAAACAGCAUCAGUGCUCCCUUCCAUACCCUUAGUCCCGGAUCGCUGUCUCCAGAGUCUUAUCUUACCUCGACUCUCCCUGCACCAGAGAGGUCACCAAAGGAGAAUCAAAGCAAAAGUCAGGGGGGGGCAGAGGCCAGGAGGUUUGACCAGUGCUUCCUUACCAAACGGAAACGAAGGAUUUCAGAAGAGGAGGCGAAGGUGGAGCUUCACGGGAAGAACAACGAUCACAAGAGAUCCAAAUCUGAGCCAAACGAGGAGCCGGAAUAUUUGAGCUCUGUGGAUGACGACUUCUUUGACCCCGCAGAUCUGGAGUGUCCCCUUUGUAUGAGACUGUUCUAUGAACCAGUGACAACACCGUGUGGGCACACUUUCUGCCUUCAGUGUUUGGAGAGAUGUCUGGACCAUAACCCAAAGUGUCCCCUUUGUAAAGAGGAUAUGUCUGAGUAUCUGGUCCAGAGGAAAUACUGUAAGACGGUAAUAAUUGAGAACCUGAUAUCGAAGUAUCUUCCCUCUGAGCUCAUGGAAAGACAGAAAAUCCACCUGGAGGAGAUGGCUGAGCUCUCCAAUCUUAACAAGAAUGUGCCUAUAUUCGUGUGCACCAUGGCCUUCCCUACUGUGCCGUGCCCUCUCCAUAUCUUCGAGCCCUGCUACAGACUGAUGAUUCGCCGAUGCAUGGAGACGGGCACCAACUGCUUUGGCAUGUGUCUGGGAGAUGACCUCAAAGGGUUUGCUGACUACGGGUGCCUACUGGAGAUCCGCGAUGUCAAGUUCUUCUCCGACGGCCGUUCGGUUGUGGACACAAUAGGCAAACGGAGGUUUAAAGUAAUUCAGCACAGUGAGAGGGACGGCUACAACACAGCUGAUAUAGAGUACCUGGAAGAUGUUAAGGUGGAGGGCGUAGCAGAGCGCGAGCUGCAGUGUCUGCAUGACGUGGUGUACGAGCAGGCCGUGUAUUGGGUCAACUCUCUGAAAGCUGAGCAGAAAGCUCGCAUUGAAGGCCACUUCGGACCAAUGCCUGACAAAGACUCUGAACUUCAGGCCAGCCCUAACGGUCCCUCGUGGUGUUGGUGGUUACUAGCAGUUCUUCCUUUAGAGGGCCGAGCUCAGCUACCAUUCCUCGCCCUCACGUCUCUGAGAGACCGUCUCAGCGGCAUCCGCAAGGUGCUGCUCUUCAUGUCGCAGAACAGGAGCCGGUGACGUGCGCACCUGAUCCUAAAGCAGCAGUUGACCUGCUGUUCUUCCUCUUUGAUGCACAAAGAACUGACGCUGAUGGCGUCGCACCUUCCCCGUUGUAGCGCCGAUGUCAUCCAAGCAUCAACAGCAAAUUUAACUAAGCAACAGCUGAGAUAACGUAGAUCUGAAUGAAUAAAGAAACGCCUUCCGUCAUCACUUUCACAGAGCAGCAGUCCUGGCAGACCCACAAACUCGAGCUGUGUUCAGACAGAUCGGGGAGUCUGGCAUCACAGUUGUCUGUUUGAAACCAUCAGAGUCGUCACGCUGUUACAUCACUGUAUUUCGUUGAUAAUGUGCACGUGCUAGGUGUACUUUUUUUUUUUUUUUUUUUUUGUAUAAGAAAAAGCUGCUGUGCUGCGAUCUCUUAAUCUGCCCAGAUUGCCACUCUCACCUUUCUGUCUGUCUGCCAUGUUUGCAGUUCUCCGCUCGUCCUUUUGCCACACUUUGCAGUUUGAUCAGAGCGUCUUCUAAAAAGAUAUGUCAGAAAAACCCGAUAUGAGUGUCAUAUAUGUGCUUCCUGUCUGAACAUAGCCUACAGAGCAAAGACAAAUGAAAUCCUCCCAACGAAACAGCCUGCAAAUCAAAUCAUAGCUGGAAAUGGUGAUUCAUUUAACCGACCAUGACGGCGCUUUGUUUGUCUUUCAGUGUACAGAUGAAGAAAGAUCAAACCUUAGUAUGAAUCUGAAAAAUGUACUCGCCGUACAUAAUAUACUCUGUUUACUUCAUCUACUCUCUUACCACCUUUAGUGUAUCUUGCAGUAAUUAGUCCAUCAGCUCUUCCGUCUUUCCUUCAUGGCUCCUCCCUUCUUCCUCUCAUUCAAACGAAUAACAAGAGAAUCAGCUUUUACGUUGGUUUGCUUUAAAAGCUUUUUGUUCUUGUUUUAUUCAUUUUUUUUGUAUGUUUUGAUGUUGAUUUCCUUUAUUUAUUCAUUGUUUUUAUUUAUGCAUGCAGUGACAUUGUUUACAUUUCACAAAAAGAGAGCUGCUCACGUUCCAAAGUCCUCCUUUUUUUUAAUUUAAUUUUUUAAAACCCCACCUAUUCGCAGCUUUUACAGUCAAAAUGUGGCACCAACAUGAAGCUGGCACGCUCUCAAACCAAACCUUUUUCUAGAUGAUGGCUGGUGAUCCACAUUGAUUAUGUGUGUUGACUUGAACAUAUUUGGAUCCCUGUGCUGUGAGAAGCAUCAUUCAGCAUCAUGGACUCAUUACCACCAAUAUUUGGAGUUUGAUGCCAUUAUCUGCUAAAUGUAUUUAUUCAGUAUUUAUUUGCACUUUCACAUCAAGUAAGGGAAAGGAACAGUGGAGGCAGAAAAAAGCAAAGUUCUCUGGGUUAUUUUGUGUUUGUUUUUUUUCUUUGGUAAAGGGUGACGCAACAAAACAAAACACAACUGAUGUUUUUGUAAAGGCCAGUGCCUUCCAUCCGCACACAAAGACGAUGGUGUGGAUCCAUUUGUAUACCAUUUAAACCAGUUUUAAUGGAAAGUUGUUGCUUUCAAACAAUAAAUUCACAGCAGCAUAAAAUAAAAAAGCAAAGCAAAAA